GUGUCACUGCUGAGGGUCGGUCGCGUCCGAAAGUAGUAGUAGCAGCAGUGGUGAUGGCAGUAGCAGUAGCGUCUUUUGCUGUCGCCGUUCCUGCUGCCGAAGGUGCUACUGCCGGAGGUGAUGGUGGUGUGAGCCUGAAGGGGCAGCUGGUGGAUGCGGGCGCGCUGUCGGUGCUGCAGGCGCUGCAGGCCCGCCACAAGCGCGCGGCGGUGGCUCGUCAGGCGGCCGCGGCCGGCCGCAGCCAUGUUCGCAUGAGGAUGCUUGGGGAUGAGGAGGGAGACGAGGCAGAGGAGGAAGUGGAGGUGGAGGUGGAGGUGGAGGUGGAGGAGGUGGAGGAGCGGGCGGGCCGAGGAGGAGCGGGACGAGGGAGGCGGCAGUGAGGAGCGGGAUGACGGACGGCGGGCCCCGCAGUAGGGUGUGCGAUGCAGGGUCAGUGUUAAGGCAGGUUGAUGAAGUCCCCUAAGGUGCAGCUGAUUCCCCAGACCCCGUAGGGGCGGAGAGGACGCAUUGGCUGCGGGCCCGGCGGGGGGCGGCGUCGGAUGCGGGUUCAAACACCACACACACGGACACACACACACACACAAACACACCUACACACACGCACGUGAUGCACACACACAAUCACACCUACACACACACGCAUGUGACGCACGGGGCAUCUCCCUGCGUGUAAUCUUUUUUCGUU